AUGGCCCGCACCAAGCAAACCGCUCGCAAGUCUACCGGUGGCAAGGCGCCCCGCAAGCAGCUCGCUACCAAGCAAGCACGCAAGUCUGCCAAGUCUGCACCGACCACUACUGGCGGUGUUAAGAAGCCUCAUCGUUUCCGCCCUGGAACUGUCGCUCUCCGUGAAAUUAGGAGGUACCAAAAGUCUACCGAACUCCUCAUUCGCAAACUCCCCUUCCAGCGUCUCGUUCGUGAGAUUGCGCAGGACUUCAAGACCGACCUCCGCUUCCAGAGUUCGGCUGUCAUGGCUCUUCAGGAGGCCUCCGAAGCUUACCUUGUGUCCUUGUUUGAGGACACCAACUUGGCUGCGAUCCACGCUAAGCGUGUAACAAUCCAACCAAAAGAUCUUGCUCUUGCUCGUCGCCUCCGUGGAGUGGCAGAUGGAGCGUAUAUCUUGAGCGUGCUAGCCCCCGACCACGCAUUUGACUUUGUCCGUAUAGAUGUUAAUAACAAUACGGUGUCCGCCCAUCCACACGUGCUUGGUACUCCAUUCGAGCUUUCAGUCACUGGCCCUACACUAUCAUAUCCGCUUACUCUCUCGCCCCGCUCGAAGAAUGUGUACUUUGUUCCGAGAGAAGGGUUCAGUCUGGCGGGGAUGUUCCAAAACCCGGUGAGCCCUGCUUUGAUUCUGCUUCCUGGCCCACUACUGACGGAAGAUGGGAGGUUAGAUGAUGUUGAUGAUGGUAUUAAGCACUUUAUUGGCCAACAGGAUAGCAUGAGCGAAGAGACCAAACAAGAGUUACAGCAAAAGCAGCAGGACAUGUUUGGAAUUACGAACGCGCCGGCUUCGGGGUUACCGAAAGAUUUGGACGUGGGUUCCGCGCGAGCGGCAUUAACGGGAGGUGCCAAGGGUGGAAAGAAUGCUCGACGAAAGAAAUGA